AUGAAGGCCAAGUCAUCUUCCGGUCAACUUACAAAGGACAUCUUCUUCAAUGAAGGCAUCAUUGACAUUGCGGAAGGGAUAAAUCUCAGCAAGAAAUCAUUGCCUGGAUCCCCACCUGGCAGCAGUUCCCGCUGCAGCUCACAGAGCCCAGAGAAUGACAGAAUCCCCGAUCAACUGAGAGCUUCUCUAAAUGAGGGACGCUUCUCUCACUCUUCUAGUGCGCAUUCAUUGUCCAGCUUGGAUCGGAAUUAUUCCGGUGGUGCAUUCUUGAAGGUGACCGAUAUCAGCCUUCGGACCCAUCCCUCUCAAGGGCCACCUCCUAGCCGGCCACCACCUGCAAGGCCUCCGCCAAAGUUUGAUCCUGAUGAAAGAAGUUUUUCCAGGAUGUUGACUGAUCAUCAGGGCUAUGCUGUUGGGUCUGGGACUUCCUAUCAUUCAUUUAAGCCUCCUACCUUUGAUGCAGAAAUGAGCACAAGCUCGGCUGCAGCAGCUUCUGUUGCUGCCAUGCAAGAGGCAAUGGCAGUGGCUCAAGCCCGACUGAGGAGUGCAAAAGUAUCAAUGGAGAGGAAGAAGGACAACCUUCAAAACCGCAGGAAAAUAGGCUUAAGUGAAGAGCUGAGUAGUGUGAAACGAGACCAGUGUGAAAUUGAGCAAGAGAGGCAGAGGAUCAGAGAAGAGCAGGUUGCUGCUGGGGAAAUAAAUAGCUCUGCUGCAGCACUAAAAACGGUGAAGGGCUCCAGCCCACCUGUGCAGACUUUGAACUCGGAGAAGAUAGGAAGUAAGUGCUCGCCAGGUGGAGGGAAGGUCGGUUUAUCAAAAGAAGCUGGGGAAUGGAAAGUGGAAGAACAGUUUUAUGAGCUCAUACAAUGUGAGGAAAAGUUCAUAAAGAUUCGAAAGGAUUGCAGUAAUCAAGAGGAAUCAACCGCAAAAGCUUGGAUUGAUGAGGGAGAAACGAAAGAGAGCAAAGACACAGAACUGCAUUUAGAUCUCCAAGACCGCGAGAAGCGUUCAGCAACUGAUGGGGUGUUGAAGCAGGAGGGUGGUGACGAACUGCAAGAGCCUAGCCUGAUCCAUCUUGACCACAUCAAGCACCUGAGGUCAAAGGAGACCGCAAAAAAUCAUCCAGAGAAGAACCCAGGGGAAGGAGGGAUUCAGGAGGCGCUGCCCCGGACUGGGCUGGAAACCAAGUGGAGGGCAUCCGAGAAGGCUUUCAUAUGCGAAUUGGGUGAGAAGAAUCUGAAAGCGAAUGCUGGUUUGCGUAAAUCCAGAACAAGAAUUGCAGAAUACUCAGAACCCCAUGUAGAAGAGGAGAUAAAGGAAACAAAGACGACCCAGUGUGCUAGCGAGGACCCUGAAGAUGAGCUCGGAGCAAAGCCGGAGGCCCGCAGCUGGGAAGGUGACGAGGUAAAGCCCGGUGGAUGCGAUGGCACUGCAGAGGAAACAGAAGAACUCUGUGAAACUGAGAAGGAACUUCGACAGGAGGCAAAGCCUGAUGCUUCGCCCAUCCCUGGUAAUGCUGAACCUUCUCCAACAGUCUUCAGUGGCGCAAUCGAGGAAGCUGAUAUCGUUGGUGAGGGAGCCAUAAAAGAUAUAGAAGCAGGGGGCGCUGAAGAAGCCACUUUGUCUGGAAACCAAUGCCAGAUUGCUGGAACAGAGGGAGAAUCCGUGGAGAAUGAAAGUGCGGGAUGCCUUGUUGAGCAGGAAUCUGAACAUGAUGAUGCAGGGAAAGAUUUAAGCGCGAUGAAAAUGGACCGAGAUCAGGUGAGAAAUGUGGAAGAGAAGAAAGAGGCGACAAUAAAGUUGGCAGAAGAUGGGGCGAGGGUGAAGUUCGAAGCAGAAGACGAAGCAGAGAGGGCGAGGAGAAGGCUUGAGGAGGAGGAGCAGGACAGGGAGAGGGAAAGGCUCGAAGAGGAAGAUGAGAGGGAGAGGAGACAGCUAGAAGAGGACAGAGAGAGGGCAAGAAGGUUACUUGAAGAAAAGGAGGAGAGGGAGAGGAGGAAGCUAGAAGAAGAAGAGAAAGAGAGAGUGAGAAGAUCGGAAGGAGAAAAAGAGGACGGGGAGAGGAAGAAGUCAGAAGAUGAAGAGAGGGCGAGGAAAUCUGGAGGAGAGGGGAGUAAACUAAAAGAAGAGACGGGUGGAAGGAAGUUAGACGAGAGGGCUAGCAGUUUUGACGAAGUUGAACAGGAGGGAAGGAAGCCCGAAGAGAGAGUGAGAGGGAGGUGGAAAAUAGAAGAGGAAAAGCUGAGAUUCAGAAAGUUAGAAGGGGUGAUCGAGGGCGAGUGGAGGAGCACAGGAGAAGAAAAACAGAGGGACAGGAGAAGAAUAGAGAAAGAGAAGGAUAGAGAGAGAAGAAGGAUGGAAGAGGAAAAAGAGAGUGAGAGAAUGAAGAUGGAAGAAAAAGAGAGGGAGAGAAGAAAGUUGGAAGAAGAGAGGGACAGGGAGCGGGAGAGAGAAAAAGACAGGCAAGCUGCCGAAAGAGCUGCGCGGGAGGCUAAUGAGAGGGCAUUCGCCGAAGCUCGGGACAGGGCUGAGAAGGCCACGGCGGAGAGAAUGGCGGCCGAAGCUCGGCAGAGGGCGCUGGCGGAGGCCCGGGAAAGAGUGGAGAAGGCAUCUUCCGAAGCUUUGGAGAAAUCUCUGGUAGACAAGACUGCUCGGGAGGCCAGAUUGAGGGCUGCGGAGCGUGCUGCUGUCGAGAGAGCGACUGAAGAGGCUCGGGAGCGCGCCGUCGAGAAGGCCAUGGCCGAGAAAGCGGCCCAAGAAGGGAGAGUGCGCGGAGACAAGUCUGCAGCUACUACUCCAGGUGAUGGGUUAAAGCAGAACACCGACUUUCAGCAAUUUCCUCUCUCUACAACGCAUCGCGUUCAAAGAUAACCACUCCAUUGACAAUGAUGAUCCACAUCCAAUGCAUUUCCUUCCUUCCAUUGCAUCACAUGGGUUCCAUCUCAAAGAAAAAUGUUUCCUUUUUCAUUUGCUGAAGUUUCCACCGCGAGUGAGAAACCCGGAAGCUUCGAGGUCGAGUCUGCCAUCCGGUGCAAGGCGAGGAUGGAAAGGCACCAGCGGACCGUCGAGCGUGCGGUAGGUGGCGCCAGCGUCGAAUUCUACCUCCCUCCUUCAGAAGGUCCACAAAGAGUUUCUAAUUCUUUCUGUGUGCCUCAAUCUCAGGCGAAGGCUCUGGCUGAGAAGAACCUGAGAGACGUCAUCGCCCAGCGAGAGCAGGCUGAGAGAAAUGUAAAUCCCCGCCAUCCUUCCCGCUCAUCAUCCCUCCAUCCGAAUUCUCGCUAACCAGUUCCAUGGCCCCUGCAGAGGCUUGCGGAAGCCCUUGAUGCGGAGAUCCGGAGAUGGUCGAAUGGGAAGGAGGGGAACCUCCGGGCCCUCCUCUCGACCCUGCAAUACGUGAGCUCUCCAUCCCCGUCGCCUCGCCCCCUCCUUCCCAGCUUCUUCAGUCUAAUUCUCCGAUCCGGUCGACCAGUCGUUUAAUUUCUUCGUGUCUAUGGUUGCCACCGAUCCCUCUGUGGCAGAUUCUCGGGCCGGAGAGCGGUUGGCAGCCGAUCUCGCUGACGGAGGUCUUGACGGCCCCAGCCGUGAAGAGGGCCUACAGGAAGGCCACCCUCUGCGUCCACCCCGACAAGCUGCAGCAGAGGGGCGCCUCCAUCCAGCACAAGUACAUCUGCGAGAAGGUCUUCGAUCUCCUCAAGGUCUGCCUGGCCCCCCCCUCUUUUCCCACCUUUAUACUGAAGAACGAACACAGUGCUCGCUGCCUGAUCCAUUACGGUUCUGUCUGCGUCUCUCCUGCAGGAAGCCUGGAACAGGUUCAAUUCAGAGGAGCGCUAG